AUGGCGAGCAGAAUCAGUGUCUACACAGCACCAAGUGCCACUCAUUUCAGAAAAAGUGAAGACCGUAUUGAUGAAAAGUCAGGGUUGAAGAAAGUGAGCGAGAAAGAAUAUAGAACAGUUGACUACCCUCAGUGGCUCCCAACUUGGGACCCAAAUGAAAAGUACGAUUCUUAUCCAGAUGAUCUCAAUAGAGCGUUCAGCGACCGUGGUUUGUUGGCUGAUGAGCAAUUGAGAAAUCUUUUCCCACCAGAAAAAGCUGAUGAGGUGAAGGUGAAGAAGCUCAGUCCAAAAUUGGGUAGUGAAGUUAGGGGUCUGCAAUUGUCCCAGUUGGAUGACGCUGCAAAGAACGAUUUGGCUCUAUUUGUUGCUCAGCGUGGUGUUGUGGUGUUCAGAGACCAAGAUUUAAAGGACAAAGGUCUUGAGUUCAACAGACAAUUUGGAUCAUACUUUGGACCUUUGCACAUCCAUCCUUCAUCUGGUGCUCCAGAGGGUUAUCCACAGUUUCACAUUGUCUACCGUAGAAAGGACCCGACUGAGUAUGAAAAGACCUUUAAGGAUAGACUAACGGUUAAGGGAUGGCACAGUGAUGUCACUUAUGAGAAAUACCCACCUGGAACCACAUUCUUUACACUUCUUCAAGGACCUGAAACAGGUGGCGAUACAAUCUUCAGUGACACCGUGGAGGCUUACAAGAGACUCUCUCCAACAUUCCAGAAGAUCCUUUCUGGUUUGAAGGGUGUGCACUCCUCUGAGUUACAAGCUCAAGCUUCGAGACGUGAAGGUGGAAUUGAAAGAAGACCGCCAUCUACGGUUCUUCAUCCACUCGUUCGUACCCAUCCUGUUACUAAGGAAAAGGCGUUAUUCGUUCCGGGGUUUAUUGAAAAGAUUGAUGGCUUGAAGCACGAAGAGUCUGAAGCUAUUUUGAAUGUUUUAUUCGAUCAUGUCAAUAACUCCCAUGAUUUACAGAUCAGAGCAAACUGGGAACCGGGUACGGUUGCUGUUUGGGACAACAGACGUGUCUUACAUGAUGCAACAUUGGAUUGGGAUUCAGGAUCAGUCCGUCAUUGUUACAGAAUCACACCAAUGGCUGAAAGACCAGUUGAAAAUGAGGAUGAACUCGAAGAGUGGAAUCGUUGA